AAUUACUAUUGGUGAUAGAAGAGCAGUAUAAUGGAUAUUUUAUCAUACCUAUUGUUACUCCAUGUAUAUGUGGUAACUGUGCAGGGUGCUGGUUUGAAGAAUAUAUUUGAGUCAAGAGGCAACAAAAAGAUCGCAGGAGAUACAUUAAGUGAUCCAGCAGACCCAUUCAAAGCAUGCAUACCACACAGAGGAGAAUAUGGAUUGGCUCUAUCCAGUGGAGAUGAUCCCUACCACAAAUGCAUGUAUUACCAGUGUAUGAGGGGAAAUUGGAUACCUAAAAUGUGUCCUGAUGGGAGAGGAAUACGUGAACAAAUCUUCCAUCCUAAAUCAGGGCUCAGUAAACAAUUCCCCUGUGUUGAGACAGUCAAUGCCUGUAAAGCAACAUAUUCAGAAAAAGGUGUUGCUGAUACUUCAACAAGUGUGUGUGGCGUGGACGUGUGUUGGAUCGUCGACAUGUCAUGUUCAAUAAGUUCCGAAGAUAAAGCAAGGGUCAAAAAAUUUGUGAGCACUGUCACCAGAAAAUUUCCAUUGGGCCCAGCAUUCAGCCAAAUAUCUGGGAGUACAUACGGCGAUACAACAGAACCGUUCAUUUAUUUGAACAGCUAUAAUAAUCCAAGAAAAGUGCGUGAAGCUAUCAUGAAUAUGGCAACAAACUUGAAACCUUGUGCUACAAAGACCUAUUUGGCACUAAGAGAAGCAAGGGAAGUACACUUGACUGAAGAGAAGGGCAGACGACCAGACCGCAGUGCUGUGUGUAUCGUUAUGACUGAUGGCAUGACCCAUCCUCCAACAAUGAAGUCUGAAACUAUAGCUGAGGCUGACAAGCUAAGAAAGUUAUGCACGAUACUAUUGAUUAUCUUGCCGAACACAUCAGAAAACCGUGGUAUCUCUAUUAAAGAGAAGACAAGAUUAAGACUUGAAGAAUUUGCAAAGAUCCAACCAGAUCCUAGUCUAAGACUGGAUCUUAGAUCUUUUGAAGAGCUGGAUUCUGUUGUCAAUGAAAUAUCAAAAAAGACCUGCUUUAAAGUUUCACAUAAUGUUGUAAGCUAAAUAUCAAAUACAAUUUGAAUACAAGCAUCA